UAGGCAUAAGGUCAGCAGUAGUGUGGGUAGGAUUAGGGUUACAAUCUUUAAAGAGAAAUGGUCGAAAUAGGCGGGGUUUAUGACUUUGUGGCUGUGCUAACUAUAGUGGCGGCCAGUGGAUGAGAGAGCCACGGUAGCGCCUGAUUUGGCACAGACAGGACGUCGGAGUAGGCUGUAUGUGUUUGUACCCCAUUUACAGAACUGGGAGGUUGAGUGCUCCUGUCAACGAGUGAAAGCUGCGCUUGCAUCGGGCGCUGUGAAAAUGGCGGAUGACUGCGCUAGGCUCAGUACAAUAAUCGGUCAAUGUUCGCACCGCAGACUUUGCCCGGUGAGGGAGUGUUGUGUGUACGGAAAUCCAGUAACGUGGCGCGAGCAGCUGUCAAGCAAAGAUAGUAGCGGAACGGGGGCUCCUCGGGCUGUCAAGCGAGUCGACCGCUGGAGCGCGCAAGGGCUAUAGCCCAGACCCCCAUUGAUACUACUGCUGCUGCCAUGGAGAGGAAAGAGCAUCCAGUUGGAGAAGUCCUCAUCAUUCCAAUGAGAUCUUCAACAUCACUUUCGCCCCAGGAUUCAGCUCGACCCCUUCCCACUCCCCUUCAGCCCUCCUCCCCUCCUCCACCCCUCUCUCUGUCCAGUCCCCAGCUCCAGGCUGAGUUUCUGAGAAGAGCUCCCAGAGCUGCUUCCCCCGACAACGAUUCGGAUAGACACAAAAACCUUCCCCACCAACCCUCUCCCUCUGUCUCCCCCUCUGUGUCCCUCUUCUCCUCCCCUCCUACCCCUCUUUCCUCCCCUCCUCCACCCCUCUCCCUGUCCAGUCCCCAGCUCCAGGCUGAGUUUCUGAGGAGAGCAAGCCGUGGUCUGAGAACUGUCUCCUGUGACACCAGCGAUGUCCUCACCUCCCCCAGCUCCACCCUGGUAUCCCCCUUUACCUCCAUCACCUCCUCCACCCUUACCUCCCCCCCACUGCCCCUGUCCUCCUCCACCCUUACCUCCCCCCCACUGCCCCUGUCCUCCUCCAUGCCCACUAAAGAGGGUUGCACUACUCUCCUGUCUCUCUCCAGUACUGAGCUGCUAACUGAGCUGUGUCAAUCUCAGUCCCGUCCUAUGAAGCACGUCUCUGUCUCUAAAGGACUCACCACUGUCUUCUCUGGACGGGGCAGGGGCAUAACGAAUCCUAGCCCUGCCACUGCCUCAGGAGCAGCCAACCAGACACUCCGCUCAGACUCCAUGUCCAAUAGGAGAGGACAGGCAGGUCCCAGGCUCUCUAAUGGGAUAAAGCGUUAGACUAAGCUAAAGUGCCCUUGAUGACCCCAGCUACUGUAUAAUGUAAUUGAAAUGAAUGAAAACCAGCAGUCCUGUGGCCCUCCGGGGCCUGGAGUUGAGAACUGAAUGAUACAUUAUCAAACACUAUCUAUACUGCCAUGUGCCAUUGCCAACACACUAACAUCAUAGACACAAUGCCAACCCACCGACAGACUUACACACACACACACACUGUACCUCUUCAUGUAAGACAUGGAAAGCAAUGUGGUGAGGUGAAGCAGGUCUUUCUCUGUAAAAAAAUAAAUGAUCUUUUGUCUCUAUUGUGUGUGUGUGUGUGUGUAACUUCACUGAUAAGAUCCAACCCAUGGCCAGAGUCUAGAGACAUCAUGAGAUACAGGGACUGUGUGUGUGCGUUGAUAGAGGGCUGAUGAAACAGUGGUUGAGAUAAGAGCCAAAGGUUAAAGGUCAAGUACAGAGUGUUCCAGGAGGUGUGGCUUAAAGAGGAAGUGUUUCUUUACUGUAAUGCAUUUAGAAAGAGAGGGAAAGGAAAACAAUACUAAGAAAUAAUGUAAGCUGCAAAGGGACAAGAAGAUAGAGAGAUAAGAUAUAGAGAAAUACAGCUAGGGUGGACAGCCGUUUACUACUAGUUAGUUGUAUUCCCCAGCCGGAUCUCUCUGUCGCGAAUAGCCUGGGGACGAGGUUACCUACCAGUAUGUGAGGGGUGGUCUACUGAGUUUGUCUGUGUUCAGGACAGUACCUGUUUGUGUAGACAAGAUGGGCAUUAAUGGACAACUGCAACGCUACCUGCUGCCAGCCUCCAUCAUGGCUCUGCUGCUCUUCCUCAGUUCUUUCUGGCUCCCUCAGAUUGCAAUGCCUGAUUGUGAGACCUCCUGGCACCCCUGUCUGAGUUUCAAUUUCUACCUUCCAACACUGGAGAGCCCUGUUAUUCCUCAUCCAGGAGGGGUGCAGAGUGAGGGACAGCAGGGUGAGAGGGGUGGAGUGUUGGGUUCUGUGCCCCCUCUCCAGGUGUGUCAAGGUCAACAAUUCCAGGUGUGGCGUCUCAUGUCCCACCUGACCUCUUCCAUGGCUACGCACUCUGAUGAUGUUCUGCUGGAGCACUACCUCUACAGCUGGGACGAACUCAUCAAGUUUAUGGAAUCUCUCGGACCUCUGGUCAGUUUUUUCUCUCAGAAGGUCAAAGAUAAGAUCGCUGUCAUCAGAGAGCUGGCCCAGCAGGAGAAAGAGGCCCUUGAGAAACGAAGUCCAGUAGAAGGACACUCUGGACUACAAACUCGCACAUCAGGACUAGAAGGCCCAGUGGCCUACAGUUCAGUGCGUUCCAUGGUGGAGUCGGAGCUGCAAAGGGGCUUGGUGAACUUCAGUGUGCGGACGCGCUCCGGCUGCAGAAAUCUGCUGCGGCUCCACCGUUCGCUGCUCUGGAUCCUGCUGCUACUGCAGGGCCUGGGGGAGGGACCGGACGCACAGGGGGUUUACCGCACCCCUGGGGAGCUCUGCAGGGAUGCAUACACCGUGGCCCUGGCCCCCCAUCACCCCUGGUUGAUCCGCAGUGCGGCUGAGCUGGUGUUUGUAGCUCUGCCAGACAGAAGAGUGUUCCUGGAUAUAGUUUGUGUGAGAAAAGAGGAGGAGGUUGGGCCGGUGCUCAACAUUGUUGUAGACGUUAUGAGAGAGGUAUACACACGCACACAGAGCAUACUGGAAGAACACAACAUGAUAGAGCUGCCAUAGAAAGACACAGACAGACAGGUAUGCCAGCACACAUAGCCUGCACAGACUAUAAAGACACGUGAUAGAAAGACUAGAAACACACUGCAACUCAGUUCGUUAGGCCUACCGUAUAAGCCUGUUAACAACUGUAUAUGUAGAAAAGCCCUUAUAACUAAUGAGAACCGUGGAAUACUUGCUUUGUGUCAGUGAAAGGAGUGAAUAAACAUGUUAUUUAUUCA